UCGGGAGGGAGCGGGGCUGUGGCCGCAGCCGGGCUGGCUCCCAGUUUCCUGGAGCCAAUGGCUCCUUCCCGCCUGCUCGGGGUCUGCAGCCUCCUCUGCGCCUGGUCAGUGGUGACGGGACACCCCUGCAGCCUCGAUCACCAGGGAUGGGCCGACUGCAAUGGGAAGAGCCUCCUGCACGCUCCAAGUUCCCUUCCCAGCAACAUCACCGGUUUGGACCUCUCCUUCAAUUCCUUGGUUGUGCCGCGUCAUGGGACUCUCUUGAUGCAUUUCCCUUCCCUGUGGUACCUCAACCUCUCGAGCAAUGCCCUGCUAGCACUGAGCCCAGCAGUCUUCUCCAACCUCAGGGCACUGCGUUUGCUGGACCUGAGCAGCUGCAGCAUCACCUACCUCCACACGGACACUUUCAAGGGCCUGGGAAACUUGCAGACACUGCUCCUAAGAAACAACAGUCUACAAGGGCUUGAGGUCCCUUUCUUCCUGCCGCUGAAGGCUCUUUUCCACCUGGACCUGCAGCACAAUGCGCUGGUCUCUGUGGAUGCUCUGAGCCUGCAGCUGAUGGAGGCAGUUCCGCAGGUCCGGCUGGAAGGGAACCCCUGGGUCUGUGACUGCGCCGCACACGCUCUGCAGCAGUGGCUACAGCGCAGGCAAGCUGUGCAGGUGACCUGUGCGUUGCCCCCGGGACUGCAGGGCCGGGAGGUCGCAGCUCUGGAUUCCCAGGACCUGGGCUGCUGGAUGAAGCAGCGGUUUCCUCGGUGGGUCAGCACAGCACAGCAGAUCACAAUGACCCACAACAACACCACCACACCACCCGCCGGGAAGGGGGGAAGGAGUUGGCCGUACCUGGUGGGCUUCCUGGUGGCAGCAAUCGGCAUCUCUGUCCUGAUCGCACUGGCUGCCAAGUGCAAGCUCUUCCACAAGAACUUUGCCAGCUACCGCCACCGGCCGCUACCUGAAACCAGCUCGAUCGGAGGCAGCCCCAUGGAGGACGGCAGCAGGUGGGACAGGGGCUCCUCAGGCCGGGGGGACUGCGAGAGGCACCCCAUGCCCAGUGCUGCCGACCUUCAAGCUGAGGAUGAUGAUGGCUUCAUCGAAGACAACUACAUCCAGCCAAGCGAGCAGCUGCCAGAGGAAGAGGAGCGGGGGUCGCACCUCUCCAUCUGAGCCUGCAGCUCAGCCACCACCGCUGCAGCCUCUCUCUGUACCCCCCAUCUCCAUCUCCCUCCUGUUCUUUCCCACCUGCCCUCAGCUUUUGCCCCCACGUGGCUGGGGACAGGAAGAAAGGAGAGGAGGGGAGAGAAGGGGUGGGCUGGGAGUGGUGAUGGAGGCUGAAGGCAGCCAGCCCCAUGGUGGCCCAGCGUGAUGCCAAGAGGGCUACACCGGCAUGGGAACACCAGACCUGCCACUGCUCACCCAGCCCUGCUUGGAUGCUGAGGAUGAAGGAGACGGUGCUUACCAGGCAGCUUGGUGGGGUGAGAAGAGCCUGCCCUAGUGCUCCCUGUGGGGUCUCAAGCACUGGCCCUGCUCCCCCCCGGUUGCAGACCCAGCCCUGCUCUGUCCCUCAAUAUGUGGUCACUUUGGGUGUGAUUAAAGCAUGAUUUAAUCCUGCAUCUGCUUGCAGUGGUUUGCUGGGGCUCUCCCAGUGGUGGUGCCAGGAGGAGACCCCCAGCCCUACAGCUGGGAUGCGGCUUUUUUUGCCUGUGCUUUCAAGGACCAUAAAUACAUUCCUCGUUAACUGCAGCAGUGAGAGAACGGGUCUGUGGCGCAAGUGCUCUUGUGCAAACAAAUCUGUCACCUGCUGUGGUGCAGGCAGCCUUGGUGCGUCAUUGCAGGGUUUCUCUGCACGUGUCUCCAGCAUUGCUACCCGCUGCAUCACUUCUCUCUUCUCUCUCUUCCCUCUCCAGCAAGAUGUGCUAGAAAGGCACUUACCUUUCCAUGUUGGCUCUUUAGAGCUGAGCAAACUUGUUGGCAGUGCUGGUUGUGGUGUCAGGCAGGCACAUGUGCUGGGGUGAAACAGCCCUGU